GCUUGCCAGUGAUGAGAGGAGAAAAAAAAAAAAAAAAAAGACUUUUUGAAAAGAGGUCUAACUGUCGUGCUAAUGGAAUUCCUUCCUUUUCAGGAGACGCAUUCCCACCCCCUAUUAAAGCCAUUAUUAAAGGAUCCGAAGAUGGGGCUGAAAACAUCCCUCCUGUCCCUGCGUUUUAGGCCUGUUAACUGCAUUCACCAAAGUGUUGAGGUUUGGCGAACGGCAUGGACAGUCAUCCCGUCUGCGGCUCGGCGGAGAAGAAGAGUCACCACUGGAGAAGUUACAAGUUGAUCAUCGACCCGGCGCUCAAGAAGGGAUCCCACAAACUCUAUCGCUACGAUGGGCAGACUUUCAGCAUGCCCAACCCAGGGAUACCACCGGUGGACCUGGUCCGUGACCCGAGGAUCGGACGUCUCUGGACAAAGUACAAAGAGACAGACCUACCGGUGCCUAAAUUCAAGAUCGAUGAAUUUUAUGUCGGCCCUGUGCCUCCGAAGGAGGUGACGUUCGCCAGGCUGAACGACAACAUCAGGGAGGGAUUUCUCACGGACAUGUGCAAAAAGUUUGGAGAUAUCGAGGAGGUCGAGAUCCUGUACAACCCGAAGAAUAAAAAGCACCUGGGAAUAGCUAAAGUUGUUUUUGAGAAUGUGAAAUCCGCCAAGGUUGCUGUUCAGUCGCUGCACAACACGUCCGUGAUGGGAAACAUUAUCCACGUGGAGUUGGACCCGAAAGGUGAGAAUCGCCUCAGGUACUUUCAGCUCCUGAUGAAUGGCAGCUACACACCACGGACGCUGCCUGUUGGCGGAGAGGAAAACAGGGACGUUUCCCCUCGGAGUCUUGCAGAGGCAUUACUGGCCUGUGAACCCAUCCGCAGGUUGUCGGAGAGCAGCAUGUCUAUAGGAGGAGUGUUGCCACCCAGCAGCUCCACCACCCCCCUCAGCCUGGAGACGGGUUACUCCAGCAUAAGGCAGGACACCCCCCAGUCCCAGGGAACCCCUCACACCCCUCGCCAGCCGGGUACGCCCUUCUCUCAGGACUCCAGUUACUCCAGCCGGCAGUCCACGCCUGCGUAUCAGUCGAGCCGUCCUGAGAGCUCUGGAGGCUACAAGUCCCGCAGGCAUGAGAGUAAGUUCCAGGACGCGUACAACCGCCGGCCGGAGAGGCCUCAGUACCGCAGCAACAUGUAUCGGAAUACUCCGUCUGAUCAAGCUUCUUUCAAGCAGCACCAGCUGACACCACCUGAACCUCCACCUUCAACCCCUUCCUUUAACUACACAGCGCAUCCUCCUGCUACGCCCAACUUUAAGUCCGCGUUCUCGCCCUACCAAGCUGCUUUGCCGCCUGCGUUCCCCCCGUCAGAGUCGCCGUACCAUCACCCGGCUCAAAGGGACGGCGAGUAUCUCCGACCGCCGCAGCCGCCUCCGACGGCCCCGACGGAUGUCUUGCCCGUUAAGGAAAGGCCAGAAACGCCUCCAAUCCCAGAGCCGCCGCCGGAACCAGUUCCCCAACCCACCACCCCUCCCCCUCAAACACCAGAGCGCUGCCCUUCACCUGGCUCCCCGGCGCUGGAUCCGGAACGCAACAGCCUGGACUCGCGUAUUGAGAUGCUCCUCAAGGAAAAAAGGACAAAGUUGCUGCCGUUUCUGGAUGAGCGGGACUCGGACAACGAGGUGCGAAUGGAAGGUAGCCCCAUUUCCUCCUCGUCCUCCCAGCUGUCCCCAAUCCCACCCUUCGCGGGCGGCCAGCAGAACUCUCGGCCAUCCAGCACUGGCUUGGAGGACAUCAGCCCAACCCCGCUGCCGGACUCCGACGACGAAGAGCCGAUUUCCGGAACCGCUUCGCUGAUCAAAAGAAUCGGCUCUCCCAUCAACGAAAAGAUGGGAAAAAGCGACCUCAAAGACGGAGCUUUUCCAGGCAACAGUCCCACUGAGAAAAUGGACACGGCUCAUCAGUCGUCAGGAGAAGACAUGGAAAUCUCAGACGACGAGAUGCCAGGAGCGACCAUCACCAGCGGGGAAUGUGCCAAGGGCAUCGUGGUAAAUUCGGCAGUGUCCCCCAUGCACACCAUGUCCAUGCACCCUGCCAGCUACCACGCCAUGCAGCAUCAAGCCGGCUUCGCCAUCGCCCCUCAACACCUGGACCCUCACUCCAACAUGCUGGGGCACCCCGCUCACCUGCGCGGUCACCAUGGAGUGCCUCCCCAUAUGAUCUCGCCCAUCGGCCACUAUCAUCAGGACGUGAUCCAGAUGAUGGGUCUCAUGAACUGCGUGCCGUGGGAACGGUGGAACACGAUGCACAUAUCCUUCCAGAUGCAGCAGCAGAUGCUGAGCCGCAUGACUCAGACGAGGGGGCCGUAUUCGUAUCCGCUCUUCAUGGACGGCGGCACCUCGGGGCAGUUCGGCGGGCUCUACCCACCGUUUUCACUGGACGCCGCCGCCGCCGCCGCUCCGGCGUGCAGCACCGGUGUGCCAGGGCAACAGUGGCACCAUCCCAGUUUACCACAGUUCAACCCCACGGUUCCUCCGCCGGGGUACGAGACGAAAAAAGAGGACCCUCAUAAAGCCACUGUUGACGGCGUGCUGCUGGUCAUCGUCAAGGAGCUGAAGGCCAUCAUGAAGAGGGACCUCAACCGCAAAAUGGUGGAGGUGGUGGCUUUCAGGGCAUUCGAUGAGUGGUGGGAUAAGAAGGAGCAUUCAGCAAAGGCAUCUCUGACUCCAGUAAAAGGCGCUGAGAGCAAAGAAGAAGAGCGACCCAAACCCAAAGAGACGAUAGGUUCCAGUCUGUUGGAGAACUGGAAUAAAGGAGAAGGGCUCGGCUACGAAGGAAUGGGUCUGGGGAUGGGUUUGCGAGGAGCCAUCCGCUUGCCAUCCUUUAAGGUAAAAAGGAAGGACCCACCUGAUACAGCAACGGGAGGAGAGAGCAAACGAGCCCGACCGGCCACCCCAGCAGACGACGAACUGGAGGAUGAAGAGAGAGACAGAGACGCAGCCGAGCUCCCGUCAGACGACUCCAAAAUGGCCGGCGACGGCCCCUCAGCCAAGCGGCGGCCCUCGCGACCGCUCGAACUGGACAGCGAGGGAGAGGAGGAGAUGGACACCUCGGAGAAGGAAGAGGAGGAAGAGUCGUUGUCCGACGCCGUCGAUGAGGAGCGCGAUGAAGACAAGGCUCCAGACAGGCUGUUGUCUGCCAAAGAGAGUGCCGACGAGGAGGACAAAGACAAAGAUGGAGACUCGUCCAGUGACAGCGGAUCGUCAGACUCGUCCGACGACGAAGCGGACAGCUCGGCUUCCUCCAAGGCCAGCUCCGACUCCUCAGCCGAGAGCUCCGACUCGUCAGGCGAAAGCUCCGACUCCGAGUACGAGAUGAGCUCGGAGGAGGAAGAGACGGAGGAAGACGUGAAAGCGGUCGCAGAGAAGGUGGACGGAAAAGAGGCCGAGACCACGUCAUCAUCCUCCUCGUCCUCAACCUCGUCGUCUGAUGAGGAGGAGGAGAACAAGGAGGAAGAUGUCAAGCCAGCGACUCCUCCCAUCGUCCAAGUGCAGGAGUUUAAGGAGGAGCGAAGAGAGGAAGAGGAGCAGAGCAGCAAGUUCAAACGCAGACCUCCCAGUCCUCCCGAAGAGGAGACCCCCGAGGAGCUGAAGCCACCAGCGCACCAGGGGGUCAGAGUCAAAGAGGAGAAAGUCUGCGUUGACGUCAAGGUUGAACCUCAGGACCACAUAGCAGGCCUCCGGCCCCUGACCCCCACCGGCGCUCUCCCUGACAGCGACCAGGAGGUCAAACUCAAAGGUAAAGCAAAGCCUGAGGAAGUGCCCUGCACCCCGACUCAGUUACCCCCCUCCCAUCCUGUCGCACCUGCCCCGAAAUCCAUCUCCACGUCCUCCAUGCACCUCCCUCUCCCCCCUCACCCUGCUGUAGAGAGUCGCUCCCUGCUCCACCUGCCCCCCGGACCUUUGCCUGAGUUCCCUCAGCGACCCCGGCUCCCCACGGACGAGGACAUCCCUCGCACGCCGGGUCGGGACCUGAUGGAGCGCGCCCGCUGUCUGGGGAAAUCCCAGAGCACCGACACGAUCCCCAACACGCCAGGCAGCGACGCCCCUCUGACAGGCAGCAGCCUGUUGCUCAGCUCACCUCACAUCCCCGGCAGCCCCUUCUCCUACCCGUCCCAGUCCCCCGUCCUCAGCGCUGGCGUGCCUCGAACUCCCGGUAGAGACUUAACCUUCACGCCUGUCUUCCCCGAACCUGCAGCCUUGACACUGAACAGGAAGAGCUUUGAUGAGCGGCCUGUUUUCAAGGAGCCGCCAAUCAGCGCUCCUCCGUCACUGGCAGCCGGAGCCGAUCACUCGGCCGUCGCGCCUGAAGAUCUACCGACCGGCGUCUCGGGCGAUAUCCCCUUGAUGUCUGACGCCACCGCCUCCAAGAAGAAACCGGGGCGACCGAAAAUCAAAAAGGCCGGCGACGAGCUUUCCUCCGAGUCCACUGAUUUGCCCCAGGCGCCGGUUCUGGACAGCGUCUCCCUGACGACGGUCCAAUCUCCCAAACACACCAGCCUGGACUUCCGGGAAAGAGACGUGGAUCCGCAGACGCUGCUGCCCGCCGAAGACGGCUUCCCCUCCUACGACGAGGAGCCGCCCGCCGUCGCCAAGCCGGCUCGCAAGACGCGGCGUUGCUGGGAGGAGCUGCUGCUGGACAGCCUGUCCCCGGUCACCACGCCGCAGCGCGCCUACUUCAAGCCGCGCUCCGACUUCGAGGAGAUGACCAUCCUGUACGACAUCUGGAACGAAGGCAUCGACGAGGAGGACAUCCGGCUACUGCAGAUCACGUACGACAAGAUGCUCCAGCAGGACAACGGCAACGACUGGCUCAACGACACACUUUGGGUCAACCAUCCUUCGACCCACAUCCCCGGGGUGAAGAAGAAGAGGAGAGACGACGGCAUGCGGGAUCAUGCCACCGGCUGCGCCCGCAGCGAGGGAUACUACAAGAUCGACAAGAAGGACAAGCUGAAGUACCUGCAGAGCUCCCGGGUGCAGUCGGAGGAGCCACCGGUCGACACGCAGGGCAUGAGCAUUCCUGCACAGGUCCACGCGUCCACCAGAGCCGGCUCAGAGCGCCGGUCAGAGCAGCGGCGGCUGCUCUCGUCUUUCGCAUGCGACAGCGACCUGCUCAAGUUCAACCAGCUGAAGUUCCGUAAGAAGAAGAUACGAUUCUGCAAGUCGCACAUCCACGACUGGGGUCUCUUCGCCAUGGAGCCCAUUGCUGCUGAUGAGAUGGUGAUUGAGUACGUGGGGCAAAACAUCCGACAGGUGAUCGCCGACAUGCGGGAGAAGCGCUACGAGGAGGAGGGCAUCGGCAGCAGCUACAUGUUCCGCGUGGACCACGACACCAUCAUCGAUGCUACCAAAUGUGGCAACUUUGCCCGUUUCAUCAACCACAGCUGCAACCCUAACUGUUAUGCUAAAGUCAUCACGGUUGAGUCUCAGAAGAAGAUCGUGAUUUACUCCAGGCAGCCGAUCAACGUGAACGAGGAGAUCACGUACGACUACAAGUUCCCCAUCGAGGACGAGAAGAUCCCGUGUCUGUGCGGGGCGGAGAACUGCAGGGGGACGCUCAACUAACGGACCCCCCUCGCAGCGUGAAGCGACCCGGCGCUUCACCCGGGUCGAGCUAAGCUACCUGACCUGCACUCUUCAUACAUUAAACUCUAGAAUGUUUACAAUUCACGGUGCUCUUCAAAUGAAACUGUGUUUAUUUUUCUGCCAGUGUGACUUUUUCUCCCCAGUAUUUCUGCACGACUCCUGCAGCAUCCAGUCCCGACUCGGCUCGGUUCGGUUCGGGGCGAGGCUUUUUAUUUUACACUUUUCUCCUCUCAUUUGUCUCAUAAGCUUUACCCCAAAACACCACUUGUGGUACAAGGAAAAACAAACUCACAUGUUCAGCUGCUCAGUCACACUUUAAGAUGCCUGAGGUUACUCCCUCUUUGGAGCAGACGAGCGGAAGGCGGAGCGUUCUCUCCGCUUCCUUCCCUGCGCAAAAUAAAUCAAACUAGACCGAGAUACAAAUGGUUAAAUCUGGAGUAUUCAAGCAUCUUCUACCUGUCCAGGACAGGUCGUGCUGCUUCCUGUUAGUUUAUGCAAAGGUUUAACGAUGUUCUGCAAAAAUUUGCAUUAAUCAUAUUCCUAUAUAUAUAUAUAUAUAUAUUUUUUUUUUUUUUCUAACAGUUUGUUUAGGUAUUUUCAUGCCUAUUUGUUCAGAUACACUAUGUAUGGGUGCGUGUUUUGCAUGAAUGAGUGUUGUUACCUGAUGGUGCGGGAAUGUGAUUGCGCUGCCCCCUGCUGGCCGAAAACGGAAGAGAAAGUCAACUCAAAAGCAAUCUUGAGUUUUCAGCUCUGGGGGGGGGGGCAGUUAUUCAUUAUUUUAAGUGCCAAAUUAAUUAAUUAAUGUACGACUGUCUCUGUUUAAUCAUGAGGAAGCUGCUAUGUGUUAACAAGCAACCGCGAGGAACUUUUCCCCUCUCUUGAUGAUCAUGUUUUGUUGUAUUUUCAGUAACAUCAAGGCGCCUGCGGCCUCCUCGCUGGAGCCUCUCUGUCUUUGUCGUUUAUUUAGAUGAAAGAUAAAAUACUAAAUGCACUCGAGGGCUCGCACCUGCGCCCCUCUCCUUCUCAAAGCCCUGGAAGACCAAGUCAGUUGUCGCUUUUCAUUCACUUGGAUUAAUAAUGCAGGUUUCUGUUUGUUUGUUUUUUUUCCACCUCUGAUGUUCAUAUUGUAUAUGAGAAUCUGUACAGAAGAUCUAAAACUUUUUUUAUCUUCAGAAAUGUAACACUUUUAAGAUGCUCCCCCCCCCCCCUUUUUUUUUUCUUCUUUUUUUUUAUCGAAAGACUGAAUAUUUAAAUAUUUUCAGGGAUCUGUGAAAGGAGCUGAUGGUUAAAAGGUUGUUUAUUUAAAAGGUCCGCUGUGUACAGGAAAAGCUUCCACUUCCCUUUUUGAAAGAUUGUUUCUUGUGGAAACUUCUUCGUUUUCUGCCCAUUUGCUUUGAGAUCCUAAAACGUGUAAGUAGCUUAACUGUGAAUAUGAUAUAAAUAUAUAAAUAUAUAUAUAGAUAUAUUUUUUGUUUCUUGGGAUUUGCUACUUGAACACAGCUCGGAUGUGUGCGUAUCAUAAAGGGGGCGAGCGCUGAGCUCGUCAGCUGGUAGCAGGAUAUUCAGCUUGUGUCAAGCUCCUGUUAUUUUUGUUUUUUUUUAAUUUUGUUGUAAAUUCUAUGAAAAACUCUUUGCAGUGUGGAAAAUAAAAAAAAAAGGUGCAGAAAUGGCACUGGGAAGAGGACUGAAGUUUCAGCCCAUUUCUCGUGUCUAUUUAUUAUAAGUGUAUGAAAAAGAAAAAAAUAACGAAUAAAUUUUUGCAUACAUCCAUAAA